AUGGAUGUAGAAAAAUAUACUGGGAAAACCACAGUGGCAAUGAGGAUUCAGACUCCAAAGUGUUAUGAGCAGCCAGAAAAUUGGACCAACACAGACUGUGAUAAUCCAUUGCAUUUUUCCUUGGAGCUAGGAAGCAGUGGUGAGGAUUUACCUGCUGUGCUAUGGAAAAGAGCUUGCUCCCAGUAUAAACAGGCGACCAACCAUGAGGACUUGCCCAUUCCAAUGGAGAAUCCUUAUAAGGAACCUCUUAAAAAAUGUAUCUUGUGUGAAAAACACGUAGAUUAUAAGAAUGUACAGCUUUUGUUCCAGUUUAUUUCUCCAUUUACUGGAUGCAUAUAUGGAAGGCACAUAAUAGGUCUUUGUGGGAAGAAACAAAAAGAAAUCACAAAAGCAAUUAAGAGGUCUCAAAAACUGGGAUUUAUGUCAGUUACAUACAAGGAUCCCGCGUAUCUCAAAGACCCAAAAGUGUGUAAUAUCAGAUAUCGGGAAUAA